AUGACUACAAAAGGAAAGGGAGGCUGGCAAGCUUUGGAAUCAAAUCCAGAAACUAUCAACCCGUUUCUCAAAAAAAUCGGAAUAACCGGAUUGGAAUGUGUCGAUGUCUACUCGUUCGAUGACGAGAUGCUCCAAUUCGUUCCAACACCACAACUUGCUCUGAUUCUGUGCUUUCCAAGCGCAGAAGCACGCGAAUUUCUGUCGAAACAAUAUGAGGAAGUGGAGAAGAAUGGAGAAAAGCCGGAAGGAGUGUUCUUUAUGAAUCAAAGCGAAGAAAUUGGAAAUGCUUGUGGAACAUUUGCCUUGUUUCAUUCGUUGGCAAAUCUUGAAAAUCGUGUGAAUCUUGGCAAAGGAAAGUUCGCAAAGUGGUAUGAGAAGGCGAAAUUGGUCAAUGAAGAUGAGCGGUCUGAUUUGUUAUCUGGAGACACUGAUCUUGCGGAAGCGCACGAAGAAACCGCCGAGGAAGGAGAAACUGAACAAUCGGAUCACGUUGAUUACCACUUCAUCACCUAUGUCAACAAGAAUGGACAACUCUACGAAAUCGACUCAUGUGCUCCAUUUCCACGUCCACUCGGAGCCACCACCGACUCUACAAUGAUCAAGGAUGCAUCUACAGCUAUCAAAGAACUGAUGAACAAUGUUAAGAAUCUCAGCUUCUCUGCUAUGGCUCUUGUUGGAAAAUAAAUACCUCCCGUCGUGAGUGUUCUUCUGAAUCAAUUUUUGAGUUUUUCCUAUUUUUUUCAUUAUUAUCAUGUUGUCUUGUGUUUUGACGUUGUUUUGCUAAUUUUUUUUGAUGUUCACAUAUAUAAAACGAUUCAUUCAACU